UAGUAUGACUGUGUUGCUAGCCAGAGGGACACAUGUGCAUCUUCCAGUUGGACAGCAGCCAGACAUAAACAUUUAGCAGUAUGUGAUAGAAUCCACAUGCCUACUAAAGAGGAAUUCUUUCAUGAGUAUGUCAAGCGUUCCAAACCUGUUAUAAUUAGGGGUACUAUGAAGGAUUGGGCUGCGCUCUCGAAGUGGACGACUGAUUAUUUUAAGGAAAGGUAUUUGCAUGAAGAAGUGCAUGUCAAACUGACUCCAAAUGGUGACUUUGAAGGUGUGGAAAAGGCAGAAUUGUGGGAAGAUCACAAAACAUUCACUAUACCAACAGAUGUUAAAAAGCAAUUACACUUUCCAGAUUUGGUGGUUGUAAGACCUGCCACACUGAAUGUAAAUUUUUCAAACUUUUUAGAGAUGCUAUCCAAUGACAAAAAUCAUGGGAAGCACCGUAACUAUUCUGCCUAUCUUGAAUACACUUCUAUUCCCCAGUAUUUCCCUAGCCUUGAGCAGGAUAUAAAAGAACCAGGGUUUGUCAAAGGCUUACUGAAAAGAAGACACCUAAAUAUCUGGCUAAGUGAUGGUUAUACUCUGGGACGGUUGCAUUUUGAUCCAUUUGACAACUUACUGUUCCAGUUAAGUGGCCAGAAGGAAGUGACCUUGUUUGAUCCCCAUGACAACACAAACCUCUACGAGGCCCACAUUUCAGAAGCUUUGCUGAAGUUUAAUAAAACCACAAAGCAAUUUAAGAGAAAGGGCCUUUUGGACAGCACCUCAAUGGUUAUGUCACCAGUAGACAUCCGUAAUCCAGACUUUCAGAGGUUUCCCAAGUUUGCAGGUGCUUACCCUAUGAACUGCACUAUAAAUGAAGGGGAAGUCCUGUUCAUGCCUGCAUACUGGUGGCAUGAAGUCAUGUCUUCUCCUGGACAACAGGAUCACAGGAAUUUGGCAGUUAAUUUCUGGUAUGAACCAUUUUUUACCAAAGAGUUUCCUUGCGCAGAGUGUUCUCUGGAUGUGAAUCCCUUUUAUCACCACUUACUGUGAAACAAGAAUUUAAGCUGGUAGCGGUGGACCUUACUUCCUUGUCAGCAGCCAUGUUUGUAACAAGUUGAACCAAGAAUUUUUGGUUUUGUAUUUCUGUUUUGUUUUUACUUUAUGUAUGAUGCUAAGGAAGUAUUUAUAAUUGUCCAUUAUGACCAAAGAAUCCCUUUUAAGUUUUAUACAGUAACAACUUUUAAAUAAAUGCAGCCAAUGUGCGUCUUAAUAUUGUAUCAGGAAAUUUUUAAGAGGAACUUUAAGGCAGUGAUUCCAAUUUGUUUGUAGUUUUUGUGAUUUUUUGCUUUCUCCGAAUUAUGUGCAAUAUUUAGUCACCACAUUCCAAAAGCCAAAUUAAAGCAGUGUUACAUCAAA